AUGUGCGUCGCCAUCUCGGGGGCGAGCGGGUUCGUCGGCAGCCGGCUGGUCGCCAAGCUCCUCGCCGGCGGUCACGAGGUCAGGGUCUUGACACGCGACGUCAACGCCGCUCGCAUGGCCCUGCGCGGGUCAAUGACCGGCGGUAACGUCACCUUCGUCUCCCCGGAGAAGUGGGCGGCCGCCAUCCCCGGCUGCACCGGCGUGGUCAACCUAGCCGGGGAACCCAUCAGCACGCGGUGGAACCCCGCCAUCAAGGCGGAGAUCAUGGCGAGCAGGAUCAAGGCCACCAAGCGCAUCGCCGACGCGAUCGCCGCGUGCGAGCCGGAUCGGAGGCCCGGCGUGUUGGUCAACGCUUCGGCCAUAGGCUUCUACGGGACGAGCGAGACGAGGACCUUCGACGAGGACGCUCCCGCGGGGGGCGACUACCUGUCCAAGGUGUGCCAGGCGUGGGAGGCGACCGCGGAGGAGGUGGAGCGGACGUGCGACGGCGCGACGCGGGUGGUGGUGCUGCGCCUGGGCAUCGUGCUGGACCGCGACGGGGGCGCGCUCGGGAAGAUGCUGCCCACGUUUCAGAUCUUCGCCGGGGGACCGAUGGGCGAUGGCGCGCAGUGGUUCUCGUGGGUGCACAGGGAGGACGCGGUGGGGAUCGUGGUGGAGUCCCUGACGAACCCGGAGAUGAGGGGGCCCGUGAACGUGACCGCGCCCAACCCGGUGCGGAUGGGGGAGAUGUGCGCGGCGCUGGGGAGGACGCUGGGUCGGCCGUCGUGGCUGCCGGUGCCGGACUUUGCCAUCCAGGCGCUGCUCGGAGAGGGAGCGACGGUGGUGUUGCAGGGGCAGAAGGUGGCGCCGAACGCGGCGCUCAAGGCGGGGUACAAGUUCAAGUACGAGAGGAUAGACGAUGCGCUGCAGAACAUACUGCGCUAA